AUGAUUGAGAUAAUAUCAGUGCUGGUCGACAAAUUCACCAUGCAUAGGUUCGACUUCAUCUCAGACCUGAUCAUCUACUGGACAAACAAAAGUGUGAGAGAGAAGGGAGGGUGGACGCUCAUCCAAGUCAGCCGGCUGGUGUACGAGAAGGCGACGGGUGAUGGUGCUUGUAGCACGAUGUAUGCACGCCUGUGCCGGAAGAUGAUAAAGCAGAUCAGCCCAGAUACGCAACACGAUGGCAUCAGGAAUUCCAAGGGCAAGCUCAUCACGGGUGGCCGUCUCUUCCGGAGGCAUCUCCUCCACUAUUGUCAAGAGGAUUUCGAGCAGGGAUUGUUCGCAAAGGAGGAAGUUGGCUCCAAUGAGUGUUACGCUGUGCCAAAGGCGAAGCGCCAGGGUCCAGGUCUGAUCAAGUUCAUCGGCGAGCUGUUCAAGCUGCACAUGCUCAGGGAGAGAAUAAUGCACGAGUGUGUAGUAAAGCUGCUGAGCAAUGUCGAGCACCCCGAGGAAGGGGUGAUUGAGAGCUUGUGUCAGCUCUUGGAGACAGUGGGCCAGUUGCUGGAUAUGCCGAAAGCGCAUGCACGUAUGAACGCUUACUUCUUGCGCAUGAAGGAUCUGGGUAACAGUCCCGAUAUUAGCUCCCGUAUCCGAUCGAUGCUUCAAAACAUCAUCGAGUUGCGCGACCGCAAAUGGGACAACCGCAAUGCUGAUGCUGCGCCUACGAUAAUUGCUGCCUCUCACGAGACGGUAAGUUGCAGUGACAUUGCUGUGCAAGAUAUUUUAUUGACUUUGAGGUCAGGACUUUUUACGGGCUGCCAAGAAGAAAGGCGCUUUGAAGGAAUCUUACAUCCGACAGACAAGCAUGUCUCGCGGCGGUUCUCGAUGCGUCGGUGA